AUCAAACUUGAUGAUGCACUUGACGUUCUCUGUGAAUGUUCGUUCCAUGGUAACUUACAUACACAAAAAUGGUUAAGAUUCAUUGAAAAUAUUGAAGAAGUUGACAAGGAAUUAAAAGAAAAGGACGUUAUCUCUCCCCUUAAGGAUGAUGAAAAAAACGGACUUUAUGUAGCUCUCAAGAGUUUAGACAAUUCUUCAGAUAUUCAUAAAGAUUUUUUGGAAGAGUGGAAAAAGAAAAAAUAUCCAUUUAAAGUCGAUAGGGUACCUGUACCAGAACAUGAGCUUAAUAUUCAAAAUCAUCCGUCAUCUUGCUAUACAAGCAGAAAAUUCGACCAUUCUGCAAGAUUAAAUAAAACAUUUAGUCAGGAAUUAAGUUCUAAAAUUAUAAUUGAUCAAGGAGAAUUUGAUGAUGAUGUCGUAAUGUUAAGCGAAGAUUUAGGGGAUUUUAUGAUCAAAAAUUUAGAUUCAUGA